AUGUCCGGGCCGCCUCCUCCAAAUCAUAUGCCUCCUCCUGUACCAGAUUCUGAGGCAAUGAAGGCAAAGUAUGCUGAAAUUGCAGCAUUGAAAAAGUCCAUUGAGGAGAAGAGGAUGGCACAACAUUCUAAUAAACCGGUACCUGCAUGGUACGGUGGAGGAAGAGGUGGGUUUAAAGGUGGUAGGGGUGCUUUCAUGGGUAGAAAAAGAGGUGGCAACUCUCACAGAAAUAUGUCUCUUAUCUUCAAUGAAGGUAAGGAGCUGCUGCCCAUUGCAACCGCAUCUGAUGAUCCUUCUGCUGCAUCGUCUUCAUCUUCCUCCUCUCCCUCUGCUACAAACUCUAAUAUAGCUUCUUUUGUAUCUUCCGUUUCUAGUGGUGGUAUGACACUUAUCAAUUCCGAUAUAUAUCACCAGGAAGCUUUAUCUCGUCAAAAGCAAAUUGACGCUACUAACAAUUUAAAGGAAAAGCUAAAACAGCGUAAACUUGAGAGAAUUAGCAAUGCCAAAAUACAAUUGAAAAGAUCAAAGACAGAUAGCUGCGAUAGAGUAAGUAUCAAUGGAGAAACCUUUGCUGUUUCAAUGGGUGGCUUGGCAUUAAAGUUGAUCUCUGCUCAAAAGAACCAUGAGGAUAAGGUAGUCCAAUGGAACAACUUGCUGUACGUGAGGCAAGACAAUGGCGAUUUGAUCUGUCCCACCAACAGAGGAAGGAUCACGGUGAGCCAUUGUACAUACUUUACAAAGACCGGUACGUAUAUAUUUUUGUUGAAACAACAUUUCAUUCUUUUGUUUUAUUUCUUAUACUAA